AGGUGAGGGGGUUCCUGCUGCUGAGCUUUGGGGCCCGAUUGCUGGGGCCUGCUGGGAACAGGACUUCUAACAGCAAGUAUGUCUGGAAGGCUGUGGUGCAAGGCCAUUUUUGCUGGCUACAAGCGAGGUCUCCGGAACCAAAGAGAGCACACGGCUCUUCUUAAAAUUGAAGGCGUUUAUGCCCGAGAUGAAACGGAGUUCUACUUAGGCAAGAGAUGUGCUUAUGUGUAUAAAGCAAAAAACAAUACAGUGACUCCUGGAGGAAAACCAAACAAAACCAGAGUGAUCUGGGGAAAGGUAACUCGGGCCCACGGAAACAGUGGCAUGGUUAUUGCCAAAUUCCGAAGCAACCUUCCUGCAAAGGCCAUUGGACACAGAAUCCGUGCGAUGCUGUACCCAUCCCGGAUUUAAACUAAUGGAGAGUAAAUAAAUAAAAGU